UUGGAUGCGUACAGAGAAAGUUAUGUAGGAGUUAGCAAAAUUUUGCAUGUUCGAGAUGUCAUACUAUACUGAAAAUAAAACGAUAGCAGACAGUGUCCAACUACGUUAUCUACUGCUUUUCCGAUCAGAAUUUAGAUACCGUUAAUAUCAUUGACGAAGGUCAUUUGUUUUCUCUUGUUUACAAAUGCCUACCGGUUCAGCGUGUUUAUGUACGAAGAAAAAAUUUGAAGGGAAAGCGCGGGAUUAUAGCAUAUGUUGGUGUGUUGUGUAUGAGCAUUGAAUAUGAGUGCUAGCGAGGCUGUGUUAAAAUAUUUACGGGACCAAAAUCGCCCGUACAGCGCAAAUGAUAUCUUUAUGAACCUUCAUAAAGAAUUUGGAAAAACUGCUAUACAAAAAGCACUUGAUGAAUUAACUGAAAAAGGAAAACUUAAGGAGAAAAUAUAUGGGAAACAGAAGGUGUAUGCCGUUGAGCAAGUUCAGGAAGGAAACAGUGAAGAUAUGAAUAAGGAACUUAGUGAUUUAGAUAAGGAAAUUGCGAAGGUAUCUGAUGAACUGCAAUCAGCUGAGCAGCAGCUUCGUGCGCACGAGUCACUGCUUCAAAAAUUACUUACUACGUUGACAACAGAAGAUGCUGUGAAGGAAAAGAGCGUACUGGAGGAGAAAGUUUCAAAACUGACCGAGAAACUAGAACAGCUUUCGAAAAAUGCCGUACCCAUUUCCAAAAAGGAACGAGAUAAAAUUGUGAAUUUACGUGACAAAAAUGUGAAGGAAUGGAGGAAACGAAAAUCGCUUUGUAUGGAUAUUGUGAACUCUAUACUUGAAGGUUAUCCUAAAGACAAGAAAUCCCUGUUAGAAGAAAUAGGCAUUGAAACUGAUGAAGAUGCAGGAGUCUCUUUGUCGUGUUUCUGAUCUAAAUAGCAAGUCGUUUGUUCCUUUUUCCUGAGGUUUAUGAAAAAUAUCAGUUCAAACUUAAUGGAAUCGUGUUGCAGUGAACAGAUUCCAUUGUAUAUCACCACUCAUAUCAGUGGAUUGUAGAGAAGUAACGAUCAGUUGUUAGUUAUUAAACGAUUGCUAAUGAUGUG